AUGUCGAAGGACUUGUCGGAAGGAGAGAAGGGAAAUCCGGUCAGUGACGCGUCAGCUCACGGCGAUGCCAACAGAGCCAGGCUGCCUAGAAUCAGUUCUGCCGAUGCCAUGGAGACUUGGGCCAACAGUCAGAAAGGGAAGAAGCUCUACAUUGUACUCGUCAGAUACCAUGGUUAUCCUGUGUUCAUAGUUGGAAAAUAUGUAGAUGCCAACUUUGAAGGGACACCUUUGUUUCAUGGUGAUCCUGCUAAGAAAGAGUUUGGUGAACAACUAUUAUCCCAUGUUGAUACAUUCAACAAUGACGCGUCCUCUUCAUUGAAAGGGGGUGUUGUACAGCAAGCUAGUUAUGCCUUUGAUUACUUGGAGAAUGCUCUUGGUAAAUUUGAUGAUGGGCCGUUCUUUCUUGGUCAAUUCAGUUUGGUGGAUAUUGCAUACAUUCCAUUUGUUGAAAGAUUCCAACCUGUCUCUGUUGACGUGUUCAAACAUGACAUCACCGAAGGAAGGCCAAAACUUGCAACGUGGAUUGAGGAGGUUAACAAGAUUGAUGCUUAUACAGAGACAAAAUUAGAACCCCAGGAAAUCGUUGAUAGAUUCAAGAAACGUUAUCUGUCUCAACAGUGAGCGUUGGAUUGGAUUUUUCUAAGACGACGUAGAUUAUCUUCAGUCAAAUAUCAGUUAUGUUUAUCUGCUAAAGUUGCACAUAGUUAUGUU